UCAAACCGGAAGUGAUAGAGAAGCCAACAGCAUGCAAGAUGGUGGCCACCAGGAGAGGAGUACGCGUGUCCUCACCGAAUAAAAGCAACCCGGAGCAGUCCUCUGAAGUCCAGGAAACUCCUUCCACUCGAAGAACCAGGAGCAGAGUCACCGUUAAACCAGCAGCCGAGAGCCCGACCCAGCAUGGAGCUCAGCAGGAAACCAGUCUAACUUCCUCCCCCCUACCCUCCUCCCCCCUAACUUCCUUCACCCUACCCUCCUCCCCCCGCCCCUCCUCCCCCCUAACUUCCUCCCCCCUCCCCUCCUCCCCCACUCCCUCCCUGAAGAGAUGCACCAGAGCCUCCAGACUGCACAGCCCUGAGCAGCCGUGCACGCCCGCAGGAUCCGUGCAUGAGGCCGACACUUCGGACGCAGAGUCGUGCUGCUCUGCGGUCUCCAUGGAAAUACCGAUGACCCGUACCCGGGGGAGGAAGAAGCAAACCCUCAGCCAGGGGGAGAUCUCUGAGGUGGAGUCAUGCUCCUCUGCAGUUUCAGGGUCUCGCCGCAGCACCAGGAUGAAAGCCGUGCCUCCGAGCUCUCGCACUGCUCCUAUCGAGGCGGAAGAAGGAGACCCCGAUUUAGGGAAUGAGUCGAGCAGCUCCGUGGUGUCCGAGUCCACGAGAGUCACCAGGAGUCAGAGGAAACCUGCUCGCACCAGAUCCUCCGCAACAAAACCGCCGGAGGACUCGGAGAUAUCAGACGCAGACAGCUGUUUGUCGAGCGCCUCGGCAGCGAGAUCCACCCGCAGGAGCACAAGGAUCAGGAGGCAAACAGGUCCGAUCCCCAUCCACCUGGAAGAAGCCUCAGAAGUAUCCAGGUCUCCACGAUCUCGACGGAGCCUGAUCCCCAGAGGAGCUGUAGACGCCAGCGAGCCGCCGUCAUGUGACUCCGACGGCUUCGAGUCCGGACCGACUUCCAGUAUGCCGACUCGCAGACGAUUAAAGACCCGAUCCAACGCCUCGGACUCUGAGCCGAUGGAGAUUCACUCCCCGAGCAAAGGGACGCUCAGCAGCAGAACCACCAGGAGCCCCGCCAAGGACUGCAGCGUCAUCCUGGAGAAAAUGGAGCGGGGCGACGUUUCUUUAAAUUAUUCUAUUCUGGAAAACACCGUGAUCGCUGCGGACUGUACCGUUCUGGAGGGGAGAGAAGAGCCUGCAGUUGAGGAAGAUGUAACAGUAGGAGGAGAAAAAGCAAGUGUGAGCAUUACUGAUGUCCCAUUGAGCGAGGACAAGGCAGUCGUGGUCAUUUCAGACGAUGACUCCGCCGUUACGUCUCCUCUGAUAUCAGAAAGACAACCUGAAGAGGCCGCAGUGACUGUUGUUCACCAGCAGGAGGAGCCGUGUGCAGACGAGAAGAAGAGGGAGGAGGAAGUGGAAAAGAUGGACGUGAGCUCUUUGCAGCCGAGCAUCAUCGUGGAGUCUGACGCUGAGCAGGAAGCUAAAGAUGUCCUCGUGAAGAAGACUAAAGUAAUCAGUCUGUUGGAGAGCAGCGAGGACGAAGAACAGGAGGAGGAGGAGGAGGAUGAGGAGAGGGACGUUUCUAAAGAGGAAGAGGAGAAGAAAGCAGGACCCUCCGUCACACCUGAAGCUGUGGGCGGGCUCUUUAUGAUCGACACUCGGCCCGGACAGGAAGUGGAUGAACUUUACUACAAGGAGAAGCUCACUGAGGAGGAGGAGGAGGAGGAGGAGAAGACGAAGAAGGAGGGAGAAGUCGAGGAGGACGAGGAGUUUGUGGAUGAGGAGGGAGACGAUGAUGAAGAUGACAUGGAUACAGAGAUCCUCUUCUCCAGUAGAAACCCUCACCUGAAAGAGUUGUCCAGCCGCAUUGACCCUGGCAUCAGGAUGAAGGAGCUCGGGGGGUUAUACAUCAAUUUUGAUGGCGGCAAAUCAAAACACGUCUCCAGUUCGCUGCAGAAACUGAAGGAAAAGAAGAUCCAAGAUGAGGUGAUGAAGAAGAGUGCGAUGGGACCAGACUUUGAGAAGAAUGAUGCCGUUCCUCCGUACAGCGAAUCCAAAAAAGCCACAAAGUUGAAAAACAGAACGGAGAGGGAGAAGUCGACCGGAGCCGGCUGGUUCGGCAUGAAAGCCCCGGAGCUGACUCAGGAGCUGAAGGCCGACCUGCAGGUGCUGAAGAUGAGAGGCUCCAUGGACUCCAAGAGGUUCUACAAGAAGAACGACAGAGACGGAUUCCCCAAAUAUUUCCAGGUGGGCACGGUGGUGGACAAUCCCAUCGACUUCUAUCAUUCCCGAGUCCCCAUGAAACAGAGGAAGCGGACCAUGGUGGAGGAGCUGCUCAACGACGCCGAGUUCAGACAGAACAACAAGAAGAAGUACCAGCACAUCGUGACGGAGCGAGCGGCGAAGGGAGCCGGCCGGAAGAACAAGAAGAAGAGCAAAUUCCAUAAGAAGUGUGUGAAGACGCCGUGUGAUGAAUUCUGAGCGCCGUCUCAUUGAUAUUAUCCUCCAGAGAAACAGGUUUUUUUGAUCAAAUGGACCGGUGUCUCCCGAAUGUAUUGCUGCACAGUAAUCAUAGUCUUUCUAAAUCAAAUGUUGAACAUUAAAAAAAAAACAGCGACCAGCACAAACAUUUUGUAAUGGUUUUGUUGUAAUUUAAACUCAUCACUUCCUGAUCACAUGGCUAUAA